AUGAGGCCUCAAGAUGUUCCUAAGGAUCAAGUCUUCUUAAGGACAUUUCCUUAUUCAUUAGAGGAUGCAGCAAGGGAGUGGAUGUACUGCUUAGCGCCUAGAGCCAUCACCAGUUGGGAUGAUAUGAAGAGAAAAGACAUCACUAGGAUUAGGCAGCUUGGUGGGGAGAGCCUAUAUGAGUAUUGGGAGAGAUUCAAGAGGCUUUGUGACAACUGUCCUCACCAUCAGAUACCAGAGCAAAACCUUCUCCAAUAUUUCUACGAAGGUCUCAAUAGCUUGGAUAGGAGUAUGAUUGAUGCUGCUAGUGGUGGAGCACUAGGAGCUACGACUCCUACUGAAGCCAGGCAAUUGAUUGAGAAGAUGGCUUCUAACUCCCAGCAAUUUGGCACCAAGAGUGAUACUAUUGUGGUUAGGGGAGUACAUGAUAUUGUUACCCAGUCUUCAUCAUCUGAUGACAGGAAAUUAGAAGGCAAGAUUGACUCCCUUGUGAGUUUGGUAUCGCAGAUGGCUUUAAGUCAGACACCAGCAUCUCCAUCUAAAUCUGUUGCACAACAUUGUGGUGUAUGUCUCUCCAAUGAGCAUUAUACAGAUGACUGUCCUGCUUUGCAGCAACCUACUGGCCAUGAUGCAUCUCCAGCCUAUGCUGCAAACAUACAAACCAACAGGAAGCCACAACAGCCAAGUCCUAACAAACCAUAUGUGCCUCCACUUGUUCGGAGAUAUGAGAGGCAACAACAGCCAGAGAUUCCUGCCCAGCCAGUUCUUCAACCUGACAUGUCUUCUUUUGAGCUUACCUUGGAGGAGUUGGUGAAGCAGAUGACUAUUCAAAACAUGCAAUUUUAG